AGGCGAGAGCGAGAGCACGUCGAUUAAUAGACACCCCCCUCUUCGAAGAGAGCGACCGCUCGACCUUGGCGGCUGCGCGCACUCGUCCUCUGCUGCGCUGCUUUCGCCCUUUCCCUCACCCCCCACCAAAACCCUAAUCUCUGAUCCGCCCUUCCACUUCGACCCCUAGCCCUAAGCGCGGGAGGGAGGUGACGGGGCUGAGAGGCGGGCAAUGGAGGCUCCUCUAGGGCAGAAGCAACGGCCGCACGAGUUCCCCUCCAUCACCCUCUCCCACCUCUCCUCCCCUGCUCCCUCCUCCGCCUCCGCCUCCGCCUCCGCCUCCGCCUCCUUCGCCGAGGAUAACUCCGGCUGUCCUCGGCUGCGGAUCCACCAGCUGAGCUCGCCCGACCCCGUUUUCGACCUCGAUCUCCAGAAUAUUCAGAUAUUCAAGUUAGGCCCUCUGGAGUUGCUAUGCGCGAGCGAGGAAACGGGAGGCGACGAUUCUGAAGAGAAAUCAUUUUCAAGAGCUUUUAAGAUUGGCUUCGGAACAAAGGUUGAAUGCAAAUCUUUUUAUUCAGCCUGCGAGCAGUGGAAACUUGGGGUGGUUGGUGCAAGAACUGGUGAACCUUUGGCAAAUGGAAGAUUAACAGUUCCUAAAAGCAAAUUUGAUAACAAAAUAGAUACCACUUCUGCCAAAAUGUAUUUCCAUUAUUAUGGACAGCUGCUACAUCAGCAAAAUAUGCUACAGGACUAUGUGAGAACAGGAACAUAUUAUGCUGCAGUGAUUGAGAACCGUGUAGACUUCCAUGGUCGUGUUGUGGUUGAUGUUGGUGCUGGUAGUGGCAUUCUUUCAUUAUUUGCUGCCCAGGCUGGUGCCAAACAUGUCUACGCUGUAGAGGCAUCUGAAAUGGCAGAAUAUGCACGUAGGCUUGUUACUGGAAAUCCGUCACUCGGACAGCGGAUAACGGUUAUUAAAGGUAAAAUUGAGGAAGUGGAGCUUCCUGAGAAAGCAGAUAUUCUUAUAUCUGAGCCAAUGGGAACCCUGUUGGUCAAUGAAAGAAUGUUAGAGACAUAUGUGAUUGCAAGGGAUCGGUUCCUUAUCCCUGAUGGAAAAAUGUUUCCGUCUCUAGGAAGGAUACAUAUGGCACCAUUUAGUGAUGAAUAUCUCUAUGUGGAAAUUGCAAAUAAGGCCCUAUUUUGGCAGCAGCAUAAUUAUUAUGGUGUUGAUCUUACUCCUUUAUAUGGUUCUGCUUUCCAGGGAUAUUUCUCUCAGCCUGUGGUUGAUGCAUUUGAUCCAAGGCUACUAGUUUCUCCACCUAUAAUCCACACGCUAGACUUUACUUCCAUGAAGGAGGAGGAUCUCUAUGAAAUUGAUAUUCCUCUAAAUUUUGUAUCAUCUGUGGGCACACGUGUGCAUGGCCUGGCUUGCUGGUUUGAUGUCUUAUUUAAUGGGAGUUCUGUUCAAAGAUGGCUUACCACAGCUCCAGGUGCUCCUACAACUCAUUGGUAUCAACUACGUUGUGUCCUUGCACAACCAAUAUAUGUCAUGGCUGGGCAAGAGAUAACUGGGCGGUUUCACCUCGUCUCUCACAGUGCACAGAGCUAUACAAUUUUCUUGACUAUGUCAGCUAAAAUGUGGGGAGCUGGUGCUGAACAAGGAGGAAUACUGCAGACGUCUUCCUGCAAAUUUGAUCUUAAGGAACCCUACUAUCGGUUGUCUCAACCACAACCAUAUGUGUUGCAGCAAGAUCAGCAGUCAAACCAACAGCUUAUGCAGUCACAGGAAAUAUCCCCAAGCAUUCAGGAUGGGACUGGUCCCAGCAUAGCGGUCAUACCAUCACAUAUCCCCGAGUCAUUGAAUCAAUAGAAACAAAUGCAAUUUUCUGCCGCCCAGGUUUGUAAACUAACAUGCUUGGUACCAAUCAUUUGUUCCCCCAAUACCCAACAUACAGCUGUAAAUUUUAUGAACUUGCUACUUUGGUACUCUCUGCGUCAUGUUGCAUUAUGCUACAGUGUGCCUAUGCAAAUCGAUUAAUUUAAUGUAAUAAUUUCAAGAUCUAA